AUGCUUCGGCUGCCGCGUAAUUCAUCGGAGGCGCUCGCGGGCGGUCGCGGCCCGAGACGUUGCAAUUACGCGCGGCGCCCGCUGCGAUGGACGGCGCUCGCGCGACGCGAGGAGGUGGGUGGUGCCGCGGAGCGCUGGGUGGGCGCACGGAAGGCAACGGGGAUAAAGGAGCGGUGGUGAUUAUCUUGAAGGGAUGAUCCUCACGAUGAGGACGACUGACUCGCUACCGCACCCAAGAGGAACAUCCGCAUUUGGCCCGCCUUCCUUGGCGACGGAACUGACAUAACGCAG